AUGUCGGUCCAAGCAGCUCAGCCCGGAUGUGAAUUCUAUGAUGGACCGCAUUACAAUGCCAAUUGUAAUGUGGGAGGAUAUCAGAGGUUGCACCAGCAGCAACCUAUCCAUUCUGUUCCCCAUCAACCAGGAGGUAGUCAAGAGAAGAAGCCUAACUUGGAAGAAUUGAUGACGAAGUUCAUUGCAAUUUCAAAGAAUAGAUUUCAACAAACGGACACUGCCAUUCGGAAUCAACAAGCUUCAAUUCAUAACUUAGAAACUCAAAUUGGGCAGUUGUCUAGGAUGAUGGUUGAGAGGCAGCCGGGCACGCUUCCAAGUAACACAGGGUCUAAUCCAAGGGAGCAUGCCAAAACAAUUACUUUGAGAUCAGGUAAGGAACUUCCUAGUCCAUCUAAGCCUUUCACUAAUGAUGAUUCUGAUGUGCAGGUGGAUGAGUUGAAAAAGGAAGACAAGCCUAAGGAGAAAGAAAAGGGAGUAGUUGAAGAGAAGGAGGAUUCAAAGAAGAUACCCUUGAGGCCAUACCAACCUCCCAUUCCAUAUCCUGCAAAACUCAAGCAGGAUAAAGUUGAUCAGCAAUUCGCAUUAGCUGAUUUGGGAGCUAGCAUCAAUUUGAUGCCUAGUUCAUUGUUUGAGGAGUUAGGACUAAGCACUUCUAAGCUAACUCCUACUAGGAUGAGUAUACAACUAGCAAACGGAAUACCUUGUUUGAUUAGGGAUAAAUUGAAAUUGCUAGCAUUAGCUGAUUUGGGAGCUAGCAUCAAUUUGAUGCCUAGUUCAUUGUUUGAGGAGUUAGGACUAAGCACUUCUAAGCUAACUCCUACUAGGAUGAGUAUACAACUAGCAAAUGGAACUGUUAAGUACCCGAAAGGGAUUAUAGAGGAUGUGCUAGUUAAAGUUAACAAAUUUAUAUUUCCUAUGGAUUUUGUUGUCAUGGAUGUGAAUGGUGAGAGUGAUGUUCCAUUGAUCCUAGGUAGACCAUUUUUAGCUACAUCUAAAGCUUUGAUAGAUGUUAGUAGCGGAAAGUUGGAACUUAGGGUAGAUGAUGAGAGCAUUACGUUUGAUUUGACUAAAUCCUUGAGAUACCCAUAUGCGCAUGAUGGUACUGUGUGUUCGAUUGAUUUUAUUGAUGAUAUUAUGGAAUCUCAAUUGCAGGAAAUGAUGAUUGAUGAUCCUUUACAAGUGGCAAUGCAAGAAAAUGAGGAUAAUUUGUCCAAUGAACAAGUGUUGGAGCAGCUAGAGCACUUAUUAGCUGCUGAUGUUAAUGAUGAAAAGACUGGUGGUUUUGUUAAUCUUGACAGGUCAAGAGUAAAGAAGUUGAAGCCUUCUUUGGAGGAGCUGCCCGUUCUUGAGUUGAAAGAGUUGCCUGCACACUUAAUGUAUGCCUACUUAGAUGAAGCAAAGUGCUUACCGGUUAUUAUUUCCGCUCAUCUCACACCUGAGGAGAGGGAGAUAGUGCUGUGUAUUUUGAGAAGGUAUGCAAAGGGAUUUGGGUAUAAGACGGCUGGCAUACCAGGAAUAAACCCGAGUUACUGUUGUCACACCCCCGUUACAUGCUAA